GUUUCCAAAUGAUAGUGAGGUGGACUCUGACCCGCUAGAAGCCGUGUGGUCGGUACAGAUACGGCUUGACCUCUUUUAGGUGAAUUCAAAAACAGUACAGAUAAUAUAAAGAAGUAAUUUGUUGGUGCGGAUAAGUUGUCUCUAGUCUAGCCUUCGCGCAGUUGUCAAAGAGAAAACAUCGACAUGGAGAUACCUAUCGUAGAUUUCAGUUUCUAUGAACGUGUAAAUACGCAUGUAUCAGACGACAAAUUAGAAAAGCUUGGGAAAGAACUCAGAGCAGCAUUUACCGACGUGGGAUUUGUUUACCUAAAAAACACAGGCAUACAACAAGAAGAGGUGGACAAAGUCAUGAGUGUUUCUAAAAAGUUCUUCAGUUUGCCUGAAAAUGUUAAGACUGCUUUCAGCAGAGGCAAUUUCUCCUGUGAUGUUAAUCACGGAUGGGUUUCACUAGAAACGGAAAGUCUGAAUCCUCGGCGUCCAGGUGAUUUGAAGGAGGCCUUUAAUAUAACAUCAAUGAAGGCAGAUAUUAAUUGGCCCUUUGAAGGAGUUGAGGAUUUUCGAGAUGUCCAUAUGUCGUUUUUUCUGCGCUGUAAGGAUCUUUCUCUCAGGGUCUUGAGAGUGAUGGCUCUUGGUUUAGGUCUGGAUACAGAUUUCUUCCUCAAAGCCCAUAAGCAUAUUGGAACGGAAAUGAAUCGAACCACUUUGCGGACUUUGUACUACCCUCCUGUGAAGAGCGAUUGUGCGAAACAAGAUCAGGUGCGCUGUGGUGAACACUCGGACUAUGGCAGUAUCACUCUUGUCUUCCAAAGUCCAGAGGGUGGAUUGCAGGUUCUCAGUCGGACUGGAGAGUACAUUUCAGCCCCAGCCAUUCCUGGAACAGUUUUAGUUAACAUAGCAGAUCUGAUGCAAAGAUGGACCAGCGAUGUUUUUGUGUCUGCUGUUCACAGGGUGUUGCUGCCCCCUGAAGGCGACUCCAAUACACGUCAGUCUUUGGCAUUCUUUGUUCACCCUGAUGAUGAGGCCAAUAUUUCUUGCUGCGAUGGGUCAGACAAAUAUCCUCCUGUUAAUUCGCUUGAUUACCUUUUGUCGAGGUUCAAGGAGUCUUAUGGGAAAAAGGUGGAUUUGUCAUGAUAUGUUUGGAUUGAAUCAUUUAAUAAGUGUUGAGUUUGUUUAUAAAAGUUGUUAGUAGUUAUACAGUCUGCUACUGUAUAACUACUAACAACUUUUAUAAAUAAACUCAACACUUAUUAAAUGACCAUGAAAUUUGCUUUCUGUUUAAUAACUUGUUUAAUUGUGCUAUUAAUGCAUUUGUACAACAACAACAUCUGCGUUAUGCUUUAAAAUUAAUGUAAUUUUAAAUCCAUAAACACUAUAAACAAUGAAAAUGAAACAAGCAACAGUCACGUGAUUGAUUUUAAUGUUCGAUAAUGAUUUAAAAAAAUGUUUAUAUACAUUUUUGCAAAAAAUUUUACCACAUAUGGGAGCAUGUGAUUCCAUGCCCUGCAAACUCUGGUGUUGUACCAAGAAUAAUCUAGAAAUCAACUCUUAUAUCGUAAUCUUAAUCUUAAACCAUACAUUUUCUACACGGCGGGGGUUAACUGCACAUUACUGUACUGUGGUUUGGAAAUAUUGUUUAAAUAUUGUUUAAUUCUUCAGAGAGCAAAAUGUAGCAACAAGGAUCACGCUCCGAUACAGAUGACGUCUGCAUCUGUGCUGUUGCGUCUGCAGCGCCUGCUGCCUGAAUAAAGUAAUACGUUCAAAACCCUAUCAUAACUAGCCUGGUCCAACCAGACUCUCGUACGUUCAUUUCAUUUGUACAUAAGCUGUGUCCCAAUUCAAGGGCUGCAACCUUAUUAGCAUUUGACCUUAAAAGGUGAGCACUCGGUCUUUCAAGGUGGAAGCCUCAGAAGUUCGCGAAGAGAACUGAAAUGAGACGGUCUAACCUUCGGAGGACCCAUAAUUAGCGUCACCUGCUGCACGCGCCCACCUGCACGUUUCUGACUUAUUAAAAUAAAUAUGACAUCAGAAAAAUCAUUACUUUAUUUUAGAAAUAUGACACGUUGAUGUAUAUUAAACUAUUCAACAGUAUACCAAAUUAAUCAACCUUAUAAAUAUACGCAACAUAAAAAGAAUAUUAUUAACACAAAACAUAACUUAUAAUACUAAAACAGUGACAGGAAUUUUUUUUUCUGAUAAAUACACUUUUAUUUAAUAAAGGUUUUAAUUGUUUAUUGUAGAAUAUCCACCCAUUAUAUGCAGCCGUUGCAGACCCGCAAUGACUCUUGGGAUAUCCUCGGCUGUUAAGGAUUCAUUCGUUCUAUCCUUAACAGCGCGGAGAAAUGAGGAUGCAUUUUGAGGCUUCAUUCUAAGCAUCCUUUGAAUUGGGACGGCCUUACUGGCCUUAAGUCGCGCUGCUGUGACGCAAUCGGUCUUAAAAUACGUCCUUAGAAGGUCGCAGCCUUUGAAUUGGGACACAGCUAUAGAGUCUGGCCACGCUCCAUUGCAAAGCGUUACUUCCUUUAAGAAGUGUCCUCUGUGGGAGUUUAAAACUAUUGGAUCUGCCCAGAGUCACUCUGAAUCUGCCAUAACCAAUCGCUAACGUUUGGUCGUGACUUAUGUAACUCAGUCUGGCACACGACCUCAACGUGAUCGUUCUUAGCCACCCCCCUCUGUUCGCUGAUUGGACCUGCAGAUUUUUGCCAGAGAAAACGAAACUCUACACAGCAGUCCCAUGCUGAGUCCCAAAUUGCAUACUAUCUGUCCUAAAUAGUAUUCGAAACUAGAAUAAGUACGUCCCAAAUCGUAAUAUGUUGAGUAUCCCAAAGAUACCCGGAUGGUCUACUAAUUUGGAGUGCAGAUCAAUGCACACUCUAACGCAGUAGUUCCCAACUCCGUUCCUGGAGGCCCACUGCUCUGCACAUUUUGUAUGUUUCUCUCAUCUGACAAUCUGUUCAGUUCAUUUCUACCGGGGUGGGUAAUCGGGAGAACCGGGAGAAUUCCCGGUGGGCCGCUUCACUUUUGGGCCGCUCGAGUUUUUUUUUUUUUUACAUUUGUCACGUUAGUGAGUCUAUCUUCUCUUAAAUGAAACUUCACACGUUUCGCAUUGACACUGCAGCGGGCAGUCUCUGCAUGGGUUGUACCAUGUGAGGGAUUUUUCCCCUCCCCUCCCAUAGAGUUGGUUCGGUCCAUAGCACGUCUGAGAGGAGGAGGGGGGCGUAAAAAAACAGGUUGAAGAAAAAAUCCAUUGGAGGAGGAUGCUGCCAAAUGUGCCAAACUUACAGAUUUAUUUUCAAGAGGACAAACAAAAGUGACAACAGGUAACUUAAACAGAAAUAAGCCUGGUAAUGAUUAGCAUAAGCAACGUAAUUAUUCGGCUAAUACCGUUGUCAAACUAUUUACAAGCCCAAAUUUUUUUUGUUAAAAUAUUACCCUUUUGUGUAUACAUAGCGAUUCAUAGACUUUGCAAAUAUUAUGCAAGCAGCUUCUGAGCAGUCCCCCGCUGAAAAUGAGGAGGCCAAGAGUAAACAAUAUGAAUUAAAGUUAUUUAACCCUCAGGUUGUGUUCAGAACCCUAUAACACCUUUUGUUUUCCCAGUCAAAAAUAACCCGCCUAAAAAAAGCUUAUAAAUCUUUUCUUUAACUUUUUUUAACUAUUAACUUUUUUAGCUAUUUAACCAAUAUUGUAUUCAAUAUUUUUGUCAAAUUGUUUUCUUUUUUAAUUAGGACUUUUAUAUUUCUAUUUGCAUUAAUCAUCGGCCUCAUAGCAUUAGCAAUGCUAAUAAUUUAUCAACCUUUCCUUGUGGAAUACACUCUAAAAAGGGCUGGGUUAUUUAUUUAAUUUAAUUUUAUUGGACAGAACACGCUGCUGGGUUAAAAUUGACCCAGUGCUGGGUUGUUUUAACCCACCUGUUGGGUUAUUAUAAUCCAUGGUUGCAUAACAACAACCCAACAUUGGGUUAUUUUUAACCCAGCAUGGGGUAAUUUUUAACCCAGCAUGUGUUCUGUCCAAUAUUUACCCAUUAUGGGUAAAAAGUAACCCAGCCUGGUGUAGAGGAAUAUUUUUGUUAACUUCUUAUCUUAAGUGAAAUAUUAUUUAACUUUUACCUUAUUUGUUGUACCAUGAUAUUAAUAAAAACUAAAGUAAGAGCUGAACUGUUUCUUUAUUUAUCCAAUUUGAAAAAAGUGCUAAUUUGGAAUAACACUAUGGAAAAAGUGGGCUGGUCUUGGGCCUGAAACUCCCGGGCUGAAAAGUGGCCCCACUCCGGCCCUGCUACUAAAGAGCUGAUGAUUUGAAUCAGGUGUGUUAAAUAAGGGAGACAUACAAAAUGUGCAGAGCAGUGAGCCUCCAGGAAUAACGUUGAGAACCACUGCUCUAACGGCUAAUAUUGCCCACAACCCAUUGCAUGCGGGAGGGAGGAGUUUAACCACACUGACCCUCUUGUUUAUUUGUAGUAAUACUGUGGCUGUACAAAUGUUAACUUUUUUAGUCCAACGAAAAAAAACAUGGUUACUACACUUUUACUAUAGUAAAAGCAUGGUUCAUUUUCAUCUGGGUAUUUUUGAGUUAUAUACAUAAGUAUAAAAUUAAGUAUAAAAUACGUUAAACAAUAGUUAUACUAUAAACUUUAAAUAUUUUGACUUUAAAAUAAGUAGCUUUCAUUACACAGAUUGCACAUGAACGUCAGAACCAGCUGCCUCACAAACAACCUGUGUUUGGUUCUACGAUGACGGUCUGCUUCCCUCCUCAACUUGGUAGAACACAAUGUAAAAUGUAUUGUGAAAAAAAACGAUGAGAAAAAAAGAUGGGGAUAGAAAAAUUAAAUUAUAUUGGACAUAAGUUAUUAGAAUGAAUUAAAUAUUGUUAACACUGGUGGGCGUAACUAGGCAACCACGUUUUCGUUCAUGUUGCAUGACGUCAUCGAAGUAUGUCCCAGAACGUGCAUACUCUUUUGCUACACACUCAAAAGUAUGUACGUUUUCCUCACAAAAAGGUCAUAGUAUAAGUAAGCGAAUUGGGACUCAGCACCAGACGUUGUACCGAAGCGAAUUGAAAAUUAAGCGGAAGCACGUAGGGCAGAGCCAGGCUAUAUCAUAACGGCUAAGAUCUCUGAAGAGUGACAAGAAUGCAGCACAGAAUUAAUAAUAUUGCACAAUGUGCAUAUUAAACAGAUUAAAAGACAAGUAACCCCUUAUAAAAAUUACCAUGUUUUUUUGUGGUAAAAGGAACCAUGUCGUUUUUAUUGUGCGAAUUGAUUACUAUUUGCAAAAUUAUUAGCAAAGCUUAUUUGUUAUUAAAGAAUUAAAUUUUGUGGUAACCAUGGUUUUACUAGAGUAACUGUAGUAAAAGAAUGGUUAAUUUUGGAAGGGACAGAGUAAUGGACCCUUCUUUGAUAUGGAGGUUUCAUGCAAAAUCUAUUUGUCUCAAAAAACCUAAUGGGCAUAACACCUUUGUACAGCAGGAGCAGAAAAUCUUUAAAGCUUAAAUGUAAUAAUUGUACAGAAAUGUAAAUAAUUUUAUAUAGAUUGCAAUGUAUUAAUAACUUUUACCAUUAAACAUCAGAUCAGUUGCAUGAGUUAAACAGUGACUGUAUCGACAUAGUUAUUCAGUGAUAGACAUUCUUUUAUUUUUGAAUUGUGCUUUGUUGUUCAGUUGCACUGGUAAUGCCUAAUCAAAGACAGUAAAUGAUUAUAAUACCAAUGUUGACCAGUCACAUUUGUGCAUAACAGAUAAAAGAAAUAAACAAAACUGUCUGCCCUUUGUC